CCGUCUGCACCCUCGACCGUUGGAGUUUCGAGCGUCGCAAGCCCGUUGUUGUCACCGCCGCCGCUCGCAGCUUCAUCCUCGUUUCUUUUGGCAUGCUGCAGCAGCCUCUGCACGCCGCGUCCAUACACAACCACUCACCCCAGCUCCGGCGCGUCUCUGCCUACAUGGUAUGCCCUUCCCGCCCAGCAGCACCCCCCCUGUCGCGCCUCCUGUCCGUUUCCUUGUCUCUCUCCAUCCAGUCCGCCGCGUCUUGUCACGCAGAAGCCCAGCAGCGGAAUCCCUGCCAUCCUCCUCCUCCUGCUCCUCACAGGCCUUCCGCUCCCAACUGCUGCUGCUGCUGCUGAGCACUCCGCCCUGUGUGUUGUCAAACGUCGCCAAAUCGCCGCACCACGCUUUGCUGCUCUAGCCUGCCUCUUCCCAUCCUAUAAACAUUAUAUCCCCCCUACCCUA